AUGUCUGAAACUAAAUUUGUUGACGAAAAUUCAUUACUUGGAAUUGCAGCUUCAUUUUGGCAAUAAUAUUCAACUAAGACUCCAUAAAAAUUGAAAAUCAUGGAUGCUUUUUCUUUGUAUUGCUUCAUAUUAGUGAUAAUUCAAUUGUUUUAUUGUGCAUUGGUAGGUGACUUUCCAAGAAACUCAUUUCUAUCUGGAAUAUUUGCAGCAGCUGGAGCCAUGAUAAUAAAUAUAUGUUUGAGGAAAUAAUUGAAUCCCGAAACCAAAUACAUGGAAAUUUCGAAUGAGAGAGCCUUUUGGGAAUAUUUGGCAGCAAUGGUUGUGCUUUUUUUGACUGUGAUUAAUUUCUUGGGUUGAAUGAUAUUACAUAUAUA